GGUUAUUUGUACUUCCUAGAUCAAAUUUAUGAAGGAGACUUUGUUCCCUGAAAUGAAUGAAAUGUAUCAGAGAAUUGCUGCCAAGGUACAACAGCAUGACUCUCAUCUGCAACAACCGAAGUCGGAACAGCUUGAAAAGCUGGAGGUAUUUAAGGCCAUGUUGGAGCGCUUGAUAGCAUUCUUACAGGUCUCUAAAAUCAAAAUCACAACUAAUUUCAAGGAGAAAUUGUGUUCCAAUGAGAAGCAUAUUGUAGGUUUUCUAAACCCAGGCAGAUUCAGGAAGCUAAUUCCUAAUCUACAGCUAGGACAACUUCCCCAGCCUCACGUGCAACCAAUGCAGCAAUCCCAGUCUCCAGUUCCUCAAUUGCAGUCCCAUGAAAAUCAACUGAAUACCCAGUUGCUAUGUCAAGCUUGCAGCAUGGUUCUCUUUCAUCUUUAUCUAGGGUUUCUAUGUCACAACCAAUCAUGAUGAUGUGGGACGAGAGAUUU